AUGGAUGUUAAUCGAGAAUUCGAAAAACUUAUGGGAUUUUUCGAAUUGGAUUUGACGGUGCUGAAGGUCAAGGAUACUGGUAAGCUUUUUUGAUUUUUGAAGGUAGGAGGAAUGUAGGGUGGGGUAAGGUAACAUAAAAUAGGGUAGGGUAUUGUAGAAUAGAGUACAGUAGGCUAAUAUAAUGUAAGGCUGAGUAUUGCAAGGUAAGGUAUGGUAGGAUAGGGUAGUGGUAAGCCAAAUUUAAGAUUUUAAAAGUUGAAAGAUGGGCUUUGGACGAUACUGUAGAGUAGGGUGCUGUAGGAUAAGAUACCACACUGUAGGGUAUUGUAGGCUAAGGUACUGUCGAAUUAAAUACCGUAGGAUAGAGAGCAGUAGAAUAAGAUACUGGAUGGAGUAGGGUAGGGUAUGGCAAGGUAUAGGAUAGGGUGGGUAUAAUAAGGUAGUGUAAGGUAUAGUAUGCAAAGGUAUAGCUGGUCAGAGUACUGUAGGUUACGGUACUCUUGGGAUGAAUAUAGUCGGGUAGGGUAAGAUAAGGCAAUGUAUGAUAGGAUACAGUAGGUUAAGUAAUCUACACCACGUCAAAACUACUCUCCUCUUUCCAGGCAUCUUCAACCGAGUAAUGCACGCCUACAACAACGACACUACCGUAGCGGCGGACUCGACUAGGAACACCUUCUACACCAAAAUCUGUGGCAAUAUCGAAUUUUGGGAUGCGGCCGAGAUCUCGGCGCAAUGCAAGUGCUUCUACUCGUCCAAGACCGUCAUCCAUUGUUGUUGCUCCAAAACCCCGUUCAUGAAGAAUGCAGUCGUUAGACCGUCUGGAUAA